UCUGUCUCAGUUCUUUCUGUACUUCUUAGUUUCUGGGAUUUCUAUGUGUUAAUGUUUCCCAAAAGAACAACGAACCGUAGAAGAUGAUAGUAGAGCGAGUUAUCAGUGACACCAAGGAUCAGUUUCCUGUUGGCAUGCGAGUUUUGGCAGUUGACGAUGACCCAACUUGCCUUUUACUACUACAGACCCUGCUUCGUAGAUGCCAGUACAAGGUUACCACAACAAGUCACGCUAUCACAGCAUUGAAAUUGUUGAGAGAAAACAAGAACGGGUUUGAUUUGGUUAUCAGUGAUGUCCAUAUGCCCGACAUGGAUGGUUUUAAGUUACUCGAGCUUGUGGGGCUUGAGAUGGACCUGCCCGUCAUAAUGUUGUCAGCAAAUGGUGAUACCAAGCUUGUCAUGAAAGGAAUUACACAUGGGGCUUGUGAUUAUUUAUUAAAACCUGUUCGAAUCGAGGAGCUGCAAAAUAUAUGGCAACAUGUGAUCAGGAGGAAGAAACUUGAUAGAAAAGUCCGGUCUAAUUCUGGCAGCAUAGACAAGCCUCAUAUUGACGGCGGUGAUGCUGCAGGGACAGGAAAUGUUGAUCAGACUGGGAAGCUAAACAAAAAGAGGAAGGACCAGAACGAAGAUGGGGAUGAGGAGUGUGAUGAAAGUGGGCAUGAUAACGAGGAAUCAUCGUUCCAAAAGAAACCUCGUGUUGUUUGGUCAGUGGAGUUGCAUCGCAAAUUUGUUGCAGCAGUUAAUCAAUUGGGCAUUGACAAGGCUGUACCUAAAAAGAUACUAGAAUUGAUGAAUGCUGAAAAUCUUACCAGAGAAAAUGUUGCCAGCCAUCUCCAGAAAUUCAGGCUUUACCUGAAAAGAAUCAGCUGUGUGACAAACCAGCAAGCCAAUAUGGUGGCAGCCUUGGGCGGUGUAGAUUCUACCUUUUUCCGGAUGGGGUCUCUGAAUGGAGUUGGGAAUUUCCAUACGUUGGCUGGACCUGAUCAGGUUCACAAUGCAGCCUUCAGAUCUUUCCCUCCAAGUGGGGUGUUUGGAAGAUUCAACACUGCUGGACUAGGUAUUCCUGGACAUUCUUCUCCUCAAGUGGUUCAGGUAAGUCCUGUACAUAACUUGGGCAAUACCAGUAACAAUCAGAGCAAGUUGCAAUCUUAUCUAAUUCCUGGAAACCAUAACGCUAACAUUCUCCAAGGGAGGCCAAUGACAUUAGAACUGGAUGAACUACAAAAUAACAGGGUCAUUAGCCGAGUUGGACAGCUGCAAUCUUUUGAUGAUACUACCGUUUUUCCUGUUUCUGGCAGUCUAGUGGAUUCAAGAUGCUAUGAUAAUACACAAUUUGGCGUUACAAGCAGCCCUUUAAAUUUGGAAGGAAACUCUCAGCUGGCAUCUUCGCAUGCUAGUAAUUUGAGAGGCAGUGUUUCUGCAAUGGGAUUCCAAAAUGGGAGUAUUUUAUCUGACUUCACUUCCAUAGCUCCUGCUUCUAAUCAAUUACAGGAUUCAAAAGCAGAUAUACAAGGCCACACAUCCGCAAUCCCCUGUAAUUCAGGGCAAAUAAUCAGAAACAUGGGCCAAUGUUUGGAUCAAAAUAACCCAAUUUUCAACAGAAACAUUGGUCUUGAAUCUGUUGAACCAUCGAACUUUGUUGACCCCUUACCCAUCAAUUAUAAUAAAUGUGAAAACAUAUCUAUGGAGCCAUCAGUUAUUGAAAAGGAAGGGUAUCUAAUGGUCCAACCUAUGACACAGGGAAGUUACAUUCUUGAUAAUUUGGAGCCAUCAGAUACGGAAAAGGAAGAAUACCUCAUAGUCCAACCUAGGCCACUGGGGAGUUACGUUUCUGAUAAUGUUGGUUCAUUGGAAGAUCUGGCAAGUUUUAGAAAGAAACUUGAUGAGUCUGAAGAACUCGGUGGGUUACUAGCUUUGGCCAAGAUGAAGGGGAACCAGCAGACAUUGAUUUUGGAUGCAAUGCUCAUUCUCUCGGGACUUGCAUCUAAGAUGAGAAUGUAUCCACUUGCAGCAAUCGAAGGAUCUGCAAUGCAAGAACUACUCUUCUUGAUAGUUUUGCCUCAUGUAACUGAUAACUAA